UGUUUAAAGAUGGCGGCAUCCAUUAUUAAGGUUUGCGUUAGCGAGGUCGGAUAAUUCCACCCGUUUUCGUGGUUCGCCAUGCCUUAGUUUCAUCCCAAAUGUCCGAGUCGGCGGCGCCAGUCCCCCCAGUCAUCGGUCGGUGAUGCCGAACACGCGUGGACGUCGGGAAUGACGGGCCAGAGGCAAGGGUUGGUCGGCGGACUGAGCCCAACUUGCCAAGGCUGCAGUUGGAGGGCCCGCUGCAGGGAGGAUGCCUUGUAGCGGUGGCGGCGUGAGCGUGGGCGGCACAGGCAGCAGAAGCGGGCGAGAGAGGCGGCGAGAAAGCGGGGUGCGGAAGCGGAGGCGGAAGGAGGAUGGCGGGGAUCCUGUUCACGAUUGAGCAGAUUGAGCUGAUCCGGCGCCUCAGGGCCAGCGGCAUCACCCGGGAUCAGGUGGUGCUGGCCUUCGAGCAGCUGGACCGGCUCGACGGAGAGCUGGGUGCCUCGGCGUGCCCCGUCAUGCCCGCCCUGGUGGCACGGUCGCGGUCGGCCUACGGCGGGGGAGACCACCACGGGGCAGGAGGGGGCAUGGGGGCGGGGGGACACAACGGGCUCAUGUCGUCCUCGGCGGUCAUGCGGGGAUUUCUGGCGGGGAGGGAGCCGCCACAGCUGCAGAAUGCAUCGUCCAACGACUCGACGACGGGCGACGGGGCCGGGCCCCACAACGGCGAGAGCGUGUCCUCUCCCCCGACCACGACGUCGGCGUCAAGCGGCGCCAAACUUCCCAGCGAGUUGACCAUCAUCCCCAUCUCGUCGGCGGCCUCGCCCCAAGGGGGCGGGGGUGGCGACGACCUCGGAGGCUACGCGGGUGGCGGCGGCGGCGGAGGUGGCGGGGGCGGAGCGAGCAUGUACCCGCACGGAGUGGUGCCGAUGCAGUACCUGAUGAACCCGCACGAGUUCCUGCAGGAGGAGUCCGGGGACGUAGACGACCUGAAAAGGUCAGCGUACCUCCCACCGAAAGGAGAGGCGGCCAUUUUGUCUGAGAUCCGCAACUUCGUGAUGCGGUACAACAUCAAGCAGACAAUGAUAGCAGAGAUGACGAAGCUGAGCCAGGCAUACGUGAGCCGCUUCUUCCGUGGGGACAUAGCCGACAUGUCGGACAGGACCAAGAACACCUUCUACAUGUGGUACCUGACCUGCAAGAACAACCCCUGGAAGCUAGCGCAACUGUGUCCCAACUCUGGAGUGAAGCGAAUGGUGUCGGAGACGGGGGACCUGAUUCCGCUCAAGCGGGAGCGCUUUACCUUCAAGUCGGCCCACCUGGCUGUGCUGGAGCGCUACUACGAGCGGGACCCCUACCCGGACGCACAGACGAGGGAGCAGAUCGUGGAGGAGUGCAACGAGGCUGUGGAACGCCCGGAGAGGCCGCUGACGGAGCGUGAGAAGGUGAGCCUGCCCGUGGUGAACAACUGGUUCAACAACCGGAGGAAAGAGGCCAAGAAGCAGCUCAGGCAGCAGCACGCAGCGGCAAUGGCGGCGGCGGCGUCUGCCAGCGGCCUGGGGAGCCUGGGGGCCCCCUUGGGUGGAGGCACACACCAGAAGUCCCCGUUUCCCGUGGGGCCUCCUCUUUGGGGAGCACCCAGCCUCUACCCCCAGGUCGGGAGUUCAGCAGCCGCGCUUGCGGCAGCACUGCCUUCCUGCGCAGCCGUGUCGGCAUCUGUUCAGGCCCGCCUGCUGGGCUUCUCGCAGCAGGAGGCCCUGCCCCGGGGAGGGGGCAGCGACCAGGGGGACUCUGGGGGCCCCGAGGGGGACAGCGACCAGGGAGACACGGACACCUCGCAGGAGGAGGACUCCCGCUCCCUGCCCUCCUACGGGCAUGACUCGGAGCCCACAGACUUCACCGCCGACAAGACUACCAUCAAGCAGGAAGCCGGAGUGGUGCCUGUUCCACAGGGCGUCACGCAGAUGGAUCAAGAUGAAGAGGGAUAGGUGCAAGCGAGGGAGCGGAAGCCAUCGGCGGGCAACGAGUGGCGGAGCGGAGAGAGCAUCCCUCGCCGCUCCCAACUCGGCCGUGCUAUACUUCACCGUCGGGCAUGGUUGAAAGAAUGGGGCAAAUGUCAAAAGUCAGGAAAAGCUCGGGGCGGGGGCAAGAGUCGCAUUUGCCACAAAGAUAUUUACCAGACGGGUCUAGAAAAACCAUUUUAUUGCUUUUUUCGUCUUUUUUUUUUUUUGGAAGAAGAACGGGAGUGUGGCAACUUGAGGGAUUGGGUGCAGCCGGAUUCGUUGGACAGCAUUCUUUUGGGCGUAGGUUCGUUACACGGGGGCUCGGUUCCCGCGCACGCCCGGACGUACCACACGGGUACUCUACAAAUGGGCGUCCCGUCGAAGCGUGCGCGGUUACGCUGCCACGCGCUAAGCUUUCAUUGUGUCGCGUCACCGCUUGGGAUUAGGUCUGCUCGGGUGUCGAUUGCGUCUUUUUACGAGUGCGUCGCUCGCACGUACGGGCCUUUUGUUCGCAUUAUUGUUGGGGAAAGAAAAGCCCGCGGCCACGUCCGAGAUGAUCGGAACCUCUCUUAGUACAAAAGUAGUAACAUAUAUCUUUGAACGCUCACUAGAGUACUUCUUUAGGCAGAUAAUGUUGUUUCCUGUUUGUACCUCUCCAACUUAAUCCAGUCAUUGUUUCGUUGCAAUAAGGUCGGCCUGAAAAGCUUGGCUUUCUUUAUCCCGCGUGAUCUAGAAAAAUAGUUUGUGUAGAUUUUCUCUCCAUCUUUCCCGCUUUGAUGAACUUUUUUUUCUUUUUUUCUUUUCGGUGCUGGGUGAGAUUGAUGCUAUGAGGCUUUUAACUUCGCCUUUACAAACCCGGUGUUGGAGUGCGCUAUGAGCCGCAGUAGUCGUAGAAAUUUUAUUUUCCAGAGCCUAUUAUAUAGAGCCUGUGUUGUUAUGUUGUGUUCCUUCGCAACAGUGUUUUCUUUGAGAUGAUUUUCCAAGAAAAGAAGCCUCAAUUCAGUGUUUACCUCUCUGUAUGUUUUGAAGUUUGAAAUUCUGUGGGGCCAUUUUUGUGAGGUCUUGUCCUAUGUUUUGUUGCUGUCCUGAAAAUUUCACUGACAUCCUUUGGAAUGCGUGUUUAUGUAUCUUUCCGCACUUAAAAAAAAAAACGGGUGUAGUGUUUUGUUUUGCAAGCUAUCUGUGGCCGGCUUUCUCACACUACAAAACCUUCUCUCGAAUUUCUCUUCUUUUCUUUUUAUUGCCGCAGCAAACGUAAGACGUUUCUAUUUGUUUUCAGGACCUAGUUGCCCAUCACAACCCACGUUUGCCUGAUUUCCGAAAAACUGAGAAAACAAACGUACCUGUUGUAUUUAAGAAAAAAAGAGAAAAAGAAAGCUGCGUCUUGGACGCAGGAAACAAACUUAAGAAAGGACGCAGCUUUCUUUCUCCCAAUGUUCUCGGCGAAAUGGAAAGAAGGGUGCGCCAUAUUUUUGUAAGACCUUCUGCCACAUUGAAUGUACUUUGUUCCAAUACCGUGUAUUUUAUUUUUUUCUUUUAAUUUCUACGCGACCUACCUCAGUUGCAAGUGCGGUCCCCACUAACAGAGUGGUUGAACCACAUUGCAGCAACCAAGGCAUUGCCGUCUAUUUGUUUUUUAAGAUACAAAAUGCCGCCACAUUGUCAUCGGAUCAUCACCUGCCCUUCUUUCGCCAAGCCUGCUCGCCGACUUGAAGAAAGACUUGUUCUACCUCCCUCCCUGUGAACCCAUGUUUCCGCAAGAUGGUGUGAGCAACGAAAGUGAACUGUCAAAUGUUUGAGGCCCACGAGAAGUGCGAGCUCUCGUGUCGGACAAAAAGACCCUCCCGUUCUGCGGGAAGUUGCCGGUGUUUACUGCAAUAGCAGCGUUGGACAAAGCAGAGGGAAGCAGAGAUCGACGUCGGGAGUCGUGCGUCUGCAUUGCGGCGGCGGCUGCAAACAUCGCAACAAUGUCGGUGCGGCAUCAUCUACGAACAUCGCAAUGACAUCGUUGCGACAUCAGCGUCGAGCAUCGCGACGACGUCGUUGUGUGAUCGCGGUCUUGCGUCGCGGUGGCAUUGUCGUGACGUCGUUUUUGUGUGCCGCAACCUCGCUGCGACCUCGUGCCGAUUUCGUCCACACUUGCGUAAGAGUUGAUCACAAUCAUCACGUUUGUGCUGAGUACUGUGUACGGUUUUUGUUGGUGCUAAAAUGACGAGAAAGACUCGCGCCCGUUUUUGGCGCCCAAAGUGUGUAACCUGUUCCGAGUUUUUUGAGUGUAGGCAUGCGGUCGAGAGCGAGCAUAAUAUCAUACUUGUUUGUGUAUGAUUUUCUUUUGUUUUCUAGAUCCUUUAUUUAUGCUUGUUGCCUUUAGUAACCUCAAGUGUCCUUGGGUGUACUUCUACUUUUUUCCAACUGCGCUCGUUUCUUUGGCGGAAAAGUCACGUUUUGCAGCCGCUUUUCGUAUUUUGUUUUGCCUCUCGCGCUCCGUACAUGGGCGACGAUUGUCCUUUCCUCGCACAAAACCUUUUAUUUCUUCGGUUGGCAGAGGGUUCGAUGUACAGAUGCGCUUUUGGGAACCGCUUUCGGCUUGCUCUCGAGUCUGCGCAAUGAUACGCUUCGCCGCCAUACCCUGUUGCCGUCUGCUCCGAGCUAAAGACGCGGCUAACGAAUCGGUGGCGACAGCUGCCGUGCCAGCGACGCUGUUACUCUUGUGCGGCUCUCUCAUCGAGGGGCCGCCCCCUCUCGUGUCUCUGUCGCACGCUUUCUUUCCUCAAAGUUCCUACUUCAUGCCGUUAACGCUCUCCAUUAAGUCGAUAACCUUUUUCCCUCCUUCGUCGGACGGCGUGCACCCUCGUCUGCGUCGUCUGGCGGUUCCGUCGCAAUAACCGGAUUUCCUUCUUAAACGUUUUGUGUGAUAGACCCCUCGCCAACUUCCCGUCGCCCCUCCCCUCGAGCUUUCUUUUACGCUUCUCACGACGUGACUCCGCUCGACAGAGCGUGUAAGAAUGGUGACCCGGUUUCUGCAUCGCGAGCACCUAGAGUUUGUCCGAGUGCAAGAUGGCUCGUUAGGGCGUGUCGUUUUGCGCCCGGCGCUUCGUUGCAGGCCCUCGGUCAUUAAGGAUUCAUUUUGGCGCAUGGCGCACCUUGCGUUUCAGGGAGACUUUAGCGAGCGCUGUCGUAGAGGUUAGUCCCGAAGAUGGUUUUCAUUGGUCGUUUCUUAGCCUUUUGGGUUGGAGCGGCGUUGCACGUGUUGUCCGCUCGUUCUACGUUGGCCGCGACCUCUCACAACUGGCGUUCGCUUUCCCAUCUUUUAGUUGACGGGUGUGUGCCGUGAAAGGUGCCUCAGGUAUAUAUUUCUUUUAAUCUUUUACCAUCUUAUUUUUGGGCAAUGACACAAAAGUCGCGCGUCGCGACUUCCUUUUUUUUUUAAAUUUUAGUUGAGGCGAGACAGGGGGAAAACGCCGUUACGUUUGUCUCUGCCGAGGACGUUGUACCGCCUCCCCCUGGGUACAAUGCAACAGUUCCUAUGUCACAUAAAUCUCGAGAGUUUGUUUUCUCCCCGAGAGAAUGCUCCAUGUUUUCAAGAGAGGCUCGUCCUCGUAACAAAAUGCCGGGUGUGAAAGUUUCCUAAAUGCUGACCCCUCCAGACAUUGCGCGUGCCCCCACGUGACGAGCAUUUGCAGUCUCUGGCCGAGCACGGUGCGUACUGUGUGACCGGUGUCGUCGUAUGGCCGACUUUUCGACGACGCCGUGCUCGUAACUUUGGAACUGUCGUGUCUUUCUUGUCGGUACUCGUUCGUUUCUUAAAACGCCCGUGGGUGCAGUUGUCUGUCCGGAGUGAGUAGUAGAGUGCUUAGCAGACGACACUUUCGCGACCUUUGUGUGCGACCGUGGCUACCGUUGCGUCCAAGAUAGACCUAGCGUUGCCGUCACAUUUUUCUCGUCGAAGCGCUUACGGCAGCGGCUCAAACUUUAGGUGCCUCUGUGUCACGGGGGGGUGGGGGUUCGAGUCUGCACGUUUUCUGGCGUGGGGAUUUUUUCCGAGGGGGGGUUGUUUCCGGUUGGGUGACUUUCUCUACUACCUCUGCCGAUUCACACAAAACAUAUAUAUAUAUAAAUAUAUAUAUAUAUAUAUACAUAUAGUAUAUCUACACUGCAGCGUCCGUGUCUGUGCUAUAGUGUGCUGUGGCGGCUUUCGUUUCGUGAAAAGUUUUCUUCUGCUAGCUUGCUUACCGGUGACAGAAUCUUUUGGGGGUUCUUCCUUUUUUUUAAUUGUGUUUUAUUAUGUUUUGUUUGGCAUGCAUGCAUCUUUGUUUGACAUACCGCGAGUGCGUAUGUGCACAGGUGUGUUUAGAUACCUUUGUAUUUAAACGCAACCCACAUUUCGCGAGGCACUUUUUUUUUUGUUCCGUCUUUUGUAAUUGACACAUGGCCUAGGUGAUGUGUGCUACCAUUUGUCUUGUUUUUAUUUUGUUUGUAAUCACAAAUCAGUGCACAUCGAUCCAACGUUUUAUAUAAUGCGGUCACACUCGUGCCAAAGGCAACAACAGUACCUGACAGAACGAUGAAACAACCAGCAACGUUUCUUUAAAGGGGAAAAAAAGAAAAGUGUUUUGGGCACCUGCUGAGUAGCUUCCGCGUUCGAUCAACCAGAGUCCACGGCGGGAAGCUUUUAGUGCGGAAUUCUCGGAACAGAUAAAAAAGGCUUCGGAUUUUUGAGUGGGUUUCAAAAGAAUGCAUAUACUGCCAACGUUACGCUGUAGCGAGUUUCAAAGUCUGGCCAUUGUUUGGUGUUUUAUGUCCUAGCUCUUUUAGCUUCAUCGUUCAAUACAGCCCCCGCUAUGCUUGGACGACCGUUGUCCGUUUGUUUUUAUUGUUUCCAUCUUGAAUUUUCUUCCGUGAAGCUGUCAUACAUUUUGUUGAUGUUAUUUCGAUUGGCGGACAAACUGGCACUGUAAUGGAAGUAAGAAAAAAAAUUGUAAGCAUGAUACCUGGAAUAUCUUUUUUUAGGUUUUGCAUUUCGAGGCGUUCGUCAAUUUCUCCCGAGUCUACUCUGGCCGAGUUUUGAAAGAAAAUUUAUUUUGAGCUAAACGGGUGUAGCAUGGAACUCUUCAAUAUUGCCGUCUCCUCUGGGCAAGGUCGUGAGCAGCGUUCACAUAUUUGGAUUGGAUAUCCGUCGAAUCGGACAGUUAACUUGCCGCGGGUACGACUCUGCCGUGCGAGAACCGAAGUACUGGCAGACGGCCGGAGAAGUCGUCACUCAUUCUCGUAUGGCGGCCCUUUCCCUGCCCAGUUUUAGUUUGCGAGAUGUCCUCUCGUGGGCCUCUUCCGCGGUUCAGAGCUGGUGUUGCCUUUGGAGUUUGAAAAGUGUGCAUAGGAACGGCCUACGCCGGCGACUGGACCGGCGUAGGACCGAUGUAGGACCGACUCUUGUCUAUCCGACAUGCCUAUUCAGGCAAGUUCUCUCGCGGGGGAAGGCGGGAGAGAAGAAGAAAAAGCCUCAGGUUUCGAGAAAGGAGUGAAGGCUUUUACCGUGUAGCAUACCGUCCAGCGUAUGGAGGUCGCAGGAGGAAAAAAAAAAGGCGUGGAGUGCAAUGUUGUGUUUUUGCUUGGCCAAUCCCGGUGUGGUUUUUUAGUCCGAUUUCCUCGUUUGUUCUACUCGUUUCUUCGUUAACUCGCGAGACCGUUUUUCCGGCUUUUAUAUGUACACACUCACACUAGACAGACAUGCAGACAUUCACACAUACACACACACACACGCUCGCGAUAUAUAAAUAUAUAUAUAUAUGUAUACAUACAUCCUCUGUGCCUCUGAAAUGCACAUUAUCUACCUCCCAGUAAAGCAGGUCCACGUGUGAAAAAGAUUUGGAGCAGCAGCAGCAAAAAAAAAGGCGUGCAGACAGGAGAGAAAACAAAAAGAAGUUGAGACGAAGCAGCAGUUGGUUUUACAGAAACGGUAUUUCUUUCGGCGGGGAAAUAAAGAAAGAGUCAGUCCGUCGCUCAUUUUAGCCCGAAGGAGCAGGAAAAGUAUCGGGACCGCGGUUUUCGUCCUCUGUAAUCCUAAAGAUUAAAGGGAAAUUUGUGCCUUAGGUUGCAGGGGAGUCUCGUUAUUUGAUGGCAUUUUUCGAAUCGGUGUAAACAAACGGCAAGAGCCUCAGAGUCGGGUAUUCGCGAUGAAGGUCACCAAGGUGUGGACGUUUCCGUAACGCUUGCCGUUGCGUAGCACGAGGCGGUUCGCGUCCGGCGCAGCAAGGCGAUGGGCCACGUCGAUUUACGGGGCAAGUCCGUCUGCAUCGGGAUUGUUUUGGGACCGUACUGGGUUGCGCCCGUGUUGGCAGACUUUGGCCUUGGGUGAUGGGACACUAGCUUGUAGGGCAACUUCGUUGGAAUUCCGAUCAUACUGGGUUGCGUCUGCAUUAGAAAGAGAAAGGCCGUAGGCAAUGGGAAAGUUUAAUUUACAAGCCUACUUUGUCGGAAGUCCGAUCAAGCGGGGACCAUACUGGAGUCUGUCUGAAUUGGGCAGAGGAAUGCUAUAUGGGACAGUUUAAUUUACGAGGCAACUACAUUUGAGUUCUGGAACAGCUGUAUGGCGUCUGCAUUGGAAUACAUGGGGCUAUCUUUGAAAGAUGGGACUUACACUUGGGUAGAAAAUACUUUUAGUGAAGAACUGCGCUUGAAACAAUCUGCCCUGUGUGAAGGAGAAAUUUAAAAGUUGAGGGUAAGAGGAAUGCCGAAACGACAGUGUUUGCCAUCCCAAUCGGUGUGCUCAUGCUGCAUUUGAAAGGAGUACUUUUAGCACUGCAAUUGAAAGGCUGGCAUUACAAUGGCCACAUACCUGAAGGUUGUGAUUUCGAAACGAGCCUUGUCGGGCACCAAGGGGUCGAAGUAGCCUGGUUUGCUUUAGUAAGCGUGCUAACGUGUUUCUUUAUAUUUUUUUUAUUAGGGUCCGGAACGUUACGAAGUCUCAGUGUACCUUAUUCCGAUCCUGUCCCAGUCCUCCAAUUCGGUGUCGAUCGAACUUCGUUGCUCUGCCUAACUUUCAAUCAAUCGGAUGCCUAGCAUGUGCAGAGGCCUGGUGGAGUUGCCUUCUAGGAUAUACCAGGAAACCAAUAAAAAGAGUCCCAACUAUUAACUCAAUAAGUCAUGCCUAUGGAAGCGUGUACACGUCGUCAGGUCGAAUUGGAUGGUUUCUAUUUACACUCAGAGGGUGCAAACGAAGCGGGUUCUGUGUCUCAAUGCCUCUGCUGCGCCGGCGGAAGAAUCGGCCUGUAAUUGUUCGUCGGACAACCAGAUUGGAUUGUGUCUUAGGACGAGGACCGUCUUUGGGUUACGGUGUACUACAAAAUAAAGGAAGGUGGGCAAAUUGAUUGUGAAAAUAGAGACAGAUACAAAGAUAGGGCGCUUAGAAGCAUCCAGACUCGCGAAGAUGAGAUAAAAAUCACUAUUUUUGUUGAAGGUAGAGUUUUACUUAAGUAUGGAUAUAUAUUUUGUUAGAUGGAGGGUUUUCUUUUUUAUAUCGGGCGCAUAUUUUGUCAUUUCUCACGUAGCGCACGGUAUGCGUACAUAAAACUUUGUGUCAUGCCUCCCACCCAUCCCCUUACGGUGUAUCUUGCGCGAGACGUUGCAUGAAACCACUCUCUGCCGUGGUGUUUUUCCUUUUUUUUUAUUAUGCACUUUGGUAUCUCAGGAAAAUCAGGAGGGGGCCAUAUACCUGGUUGGGAGACAAUCCGCCUUUGUCUUUUGAGACAAUUUUUUUUUUUCCUAAUUGUUUUUAAGGGCUGAAAUUGCACAACCUGGAAAGGGGGGGGGGUUCUGUAGCACGAGCUCUGUGCUGGUUUCUAACACCUCCCAGGGUAUGGCCUUCUUUCACAGAGUAACGAUGAUGUGUUUUUACUUUUCCAUAUUUGUUUUUUUGUAAAAAGUAUACACAGAAAAGUUUGACAUGCAAAAAAAAAAGUGUAACUGCCUCAGUGUUUUGUUUCAUUGUGUUUUGAACUGGUAUUUGUAGCUGACGGAAGUAAAAUCGCUGCUUUUUGUGGUUCGAACAUUUGCACGCAAGCUGUAGUUAUUGGGACAUCAAUAUCCAAAAACAAGAAAAACAUGAGUGAAGCAUUUGAUUAUGUCACAAGCCCUGAUCAACUGGUAGCUUUUCCCUGAACAAUACUUUGUGCAGUCCUUGUUGUCUGUUCGCAAGACGAGUUGCGACUGUCCUGCUGUUUUGGGUUUCUUUUGUGUGUGUAAGCAGUAAGCCUUCGCCGACUAGAGCACCGGCCUCUAACGUCCGCCGGUAGAGUUAGAGUUCUGAGACCAAAAUUGCGACAUCGGAACAACCUAAUGGGAAUAUGUAGAGACUUCAGAAAAGCUACUUGUAUCAUUCAUAAAAUUUGGAUGGUGGGUGUUUUUUCAGCGAAGGCUCGCCGUUCCAUAAUUGCAGAUGAGUGUCCGUCGUUUAAUUGGCAGAAGUCCUUUUUUUUUUUUUCUUCUUGUGACAUUAGAUGUCUGCUCCUGCUUGCCCCGACCCCUCCAACACACAAUUUACAUGUUUUGACCAACACAUCUACUACCUCAUGUUUAGUUCGACACUUCUUGUAAGAUGGAGUCGGAGAUUUAAUUUAGGUUUAAUUGCUUAGGCUUGCCUAAACAACUACCUACUUACUUCUGAGUUGAAACAGGAUCCGCACAUUGAUGUGCGUCUAAAGGUGCCCGUAGAGCCGCGGUCUGUCCCAACAUAUUUAGAACAGACGGCUGCAGACAACCUCACCAAAAGUCGAUCCCGAAAUCGGGCAUGGGGCUGCAGGAGCAACAUUCGUGCCAUCUCUAGUGUCAUUUUUUCUUAAAGAGCCUCACAUCCAGUAGUUGGCCAUUCCAGCGGAAAAAUUUGUUUUUGUGGAGCACGGGUUUUUUUUAAGCGACCUCAGUAUUCACAGUUCCUACAACUCUCUCAUGGCUGAACAUAAACAUGAACGCUACUGAUGUAACACAAGUACAAAAAAAACGCAUCUCAGCCUUCUCACCCCCAUUAGAACGAAUAUGGCUUCAUAGCCACCCUGUGUAUGAAAAAAAAAAAAAAAGAAGAAAAGUGGAAAGGCUCGAGAGAACGUAGGGCAUGCCGGCGUCGUAAUCGCAGACCAUCGCCCUUCCAGAGUAGACGAGGCCAGGGCGGAUUUUAGCUGUUCGGAAAAGUCGUAGUGGAGGGCUUGUCUUACGUUCCCCCUGACAAGCAUGGUCGCAUGACCGCAGAUUUUUACAGUGAAAGCGUUGUCCGGACGGACCGGGUUGUUUCACCUCUGCCGGAUCUUUGAGGGAGCACGGUUUGAUAUCUUCUUUUUUUUGCGAGUUGUCGGAGCCCUUCUUACAGGAACGUGUCGGUUCGUCCUCUGUGUUGCGGGGAUUCUCGAAACAAACAAAAACGGACCGUCUGGUUGCUGGCGCAAGGCCGGGAGUUUUCUUUUUAGCGUGUAACGUGGUGUGUAGACGUUCAGUGCCAGCAAAACUUAAAGAAAACGAAAAAAAGAUGGUGGUGUACACUGUGUAGUUUCUGUAGCCCCUCCCCCCUUUUUUUUGUACUGCGUGUAAUGGAAACUUAAUAAAAAUUUUUAGUUUGGUAAGUAACCACCGC